CAGGUCCCUCUCAGCAAGGAAUUCCACAAGUGACAUCGAUUGAAGGUGCUAUGACAAAAAUUUUGAAGGGAAUUCUUGUAUCAAUGGACAUAGACAAUGUAUACAAUAAUGAGCCCAAGUCUUUGUCCCUAAAACAACGUAACUUUGAGCAAGCUACUGAUGUAAUUGAAAAGAAUUUUUGUAAUUCCUUAGAUAAAAAAAAAAAGAAAACUCCCACAGCAAAGACAAACUAUCGAAUCCUCCUAUGUGGUGGGGCACCUGGCAUAGGAAAAACACGUUAUGGAGUUGAAUUGUUUGAUUGGCUCAACAAAGAAUGGAAGACAUCAAAAGGCCAAAAGCCUUAUAUGCUUUAUAUGCUUCUUGACUUCUCUAGUGGUUUUCAUUUAACUAGUGAAGAGUAUGAAAUCCAGAAAGAUGAUGAAAUGGAAAUUGCAUCAGAAAUCAUUUUUGGAUUGCGGUUGGCGUACUACCAUUUUGUCUAUGAAAAAUAUGUGAUGGAUUUUACACUGUUCCGUACAAAAGCCAAUGAAUUUAAGAAAAUUUUUACGUUGAGUAAUGUCCUCAUGUAUAUCUACAGCCAUGAACAUGAAAGACUUCAACCUGGCCAGCAUCUUUUCAUCUUUCUUCAAAUUGAUGAAUUUCAGCUUAUUUUUAAAGAUCGAAAUGAAGGAGCUAAAUUAUUUAAGCAGUUAAUGUAUACUCUUGGGCAUCAUAUGACUGGAAAAAUUCCAAACAUAUUUGUACAGACUCUACUCUCAGGUACAGCACCACAGGAUGCAAUACGAGCAAUGGAACCUUCAAUGUAUUCUUAUGAAUCUCUUGACCUUCCACUGCUUUCCUUGAAGUCACGUCUUGAAAUAAUGAGGGAAUUUGCAACAAAUCACAAUGUUUCUGAUUGUGUAUGGGUACCACAAAUUUGGAUACACCAAUUACUUCUUGAUACAGGUGGUCUUCCACGUGCUUUGGAAUAUCUUUUUACAGAAUUUUUUGGGCAAAAUUUUACAAAUGUUAAGGAAUUUUUUGAAAAACUUGAAAAAAAGAAACUAAUCCCAUCAACAAUCUACACUGAUGUCUCAAAAAAUAUUGAUAUAGCAUAUAAAAUCAAAGCUUAUGCUAGAGAUCAUAAAAUGCUUAUACAUGAGCUUGUUUACAGAAAUAUGAUGGGAAUCGAAUCAGAUAUAUCUGAUGAACUGCAAGAUGGUAUCUCCACUAUAAAAUUGGAACAUCUGGAACGUGAUAGACACUUGAUACUAAGGAAAUUGGAAGCAAAUGAUAAAGUUCUAAUUGAUAUACCAUACUUCUUUAUGUAUAUUUAUGCCAGUAUCCUUGGAGUUUUCACAGAACAUCUAAACAAAGCAUUUUUACCUGAUUCAGAUUGGUCAUGGGAGGAUUUUGAAAUAUUUAUUGCGGAUUUUAUAGCAUCAAAAAUCAGUAUGAUUCAUGUGCUGGAAAAAACCAAAUCAUUAAAACUUGGAGAUUUCUUUCGCGGUGCACAGGGUAGUGAUGUUACACUAAACCUGUUGAUCAAUUUUGAACCUGUUCAAAUCUAUAAAUUAAAACAUCAAUUUCCAUGCCUGAACCUUUCCGCAAAAGAGGGAUAUUAUGAUUUAGAGAAAUUAGAGCCGGGUUACAUGAUGAUCAAUGGUUAUUCAGCACCAUUUGCAGAUGUCUUUUUUUUAGUAGAUAACCCCAAGCCCAUUCUUAUUGCUAUUCAAUGCAGAAAGAGAAAAAAAUCUCUUGAUUUGGAAACAAUUGAAGAUGAACAUGAGAAAAAUUCAAAUAUUUCUGAAAAAAUGAAAGAAAAGGCUGAAAAAAUCAGGAACAAUGCCAAAGUAAAAGGCAGAGAGAUGAAAGAAAAAUUGCAAAAUGAGGCAGAGCAAUAUACACAACUUGCAAAUUUUUUGAGCAAAUACCGUAUCAUCACAAUUUUUAUCACAACUCAGCAUUUCAGUGAGGAAUUGGAAUACCUUCCUGAUGAUUGUAUUCUGAUUCAUCAAAAAAACUUUGACAUUUUCUUCGGGCCUGUAUUUUCCUCUCGUACCAAGCUUGUAAUGACCAGAGAUUCAAAUCCAAAUUUGAGUACUGCAAGUGAAUUGAUGUCAAGGUUUAAAGCAAUUAAGGAAGAUAUAGGAGAGAAAAUUGAAAAAACUACUAGGAAAAGAAAGACUUUUAGGUCACAUGAAGAGUUCUGUGAAGAAUUUCCAGAAUUGGCUAAUGAUGAUGAGAUCCGAAAUAAUUUUGUUUACUACCCAUACCCUCCACAUAUAGAACCCUUUGAACAUUCAAACAAGAGAACACAUGUUUAA